AUGGACCCGGCGCCCGAUCCGCUCUCUAUCUCCGCCUCGGUCCCGUUCCCCACCAUCCCGGCUGCCUCAUGCCCCAGGCCCCGCGCCGCGAGGACGACGCGGCGCCACGCCGCGCUCUUCCGGUCGGACCACCCCGCCGCCGCGAGCCGGCCGCGCUCCGGGAUCGAUCUACCGCGCCGUCCUGCGGCCUCCGCCUUCUCCCAGCAGGAGGGUUCUCUUUCCGUGGGCUCCUGGGGCGCCUCUCGCGACGCCACCUUUGUGUUCGGGAGUGGCGUGGCCGUGGCGCCGGAGAUGAGGAGGAGCUUCUCGUCUGGAUCCGGUGAGGCAUCGUUGGCUGAACUUUCGGACGCAGUUCGCAGGCUCUCGUUGGAUGGUUAUGGCAGGCGAAGCGACAUUGAUGCUCCCGGAGGAGAUGAUACGCUUCCAGUGACGGACUCCGGUGAUCGCUUUGGGGCCCCUGGAUGCAGUUCCACUUUGUAUGAGGGUUCCUGUCUGGAUGCUAUGCACCAUCAGACUGAGCAGCUCGAUGAAGGACGUGGAGUCCCGUCUCAAACCAUGCAAUGCGAGAGUAUGGGGAUGCGAUCAUUAGCUUCAACAACCUGCACUGAUGAGAAUGCUCCCAUUGGAUUUGCAAGGAGCGGGGACAGCUUGCCCAUUCGAGAUUCUGUGGAUGAAAGUAGAAAUUCUGGACAUGGUGGUAAUGCCCACCAUGAUUUCUUUUGUUUUGGUGGACAUGCUGGGUACCAUAGCUUGGCUGCCAAUGCAACUGAAGCUAAUAUCAGUGAGGUGCCUUGUGAUAUUGAAGCAGUAGCAGCAUCAGAACUUGUUGAAUGUCGGUCAUUUGAUGAGAAAUCUUUCACUUUUGACGACCACAAUGUAGCAUCUAGGAACAAAGGAGGGGUUAAGGGUGUGAGCAUGAACAGAAGAGCUUUUAUUCCAAAGAAGUCCUCAGCCAACCAGGCUUCUUCCUUGGAAUCAGUCUCAAGAAGAAGUGGCCAUUGUUCUGGAGAAGUGCCUCCUGAAGAAAAGUUAAAUUUGAAAGAAGCCAGUAGCUUGAUAUUAGAGGACUCUGAAGAGGCUUUGACGGUCUACAAAAAAGCUAAGGUAGCAUACAAGACUAAAUUUCUGCUACCGUGCCAGAUUUUUCAGAAAAUAUCUGGUUUAAUUAUUGAAUCCAAGGAGUAUCUUAUAAAGAAGGCAUUUGACAAGAUACCCAGUGCCUUACAAAUGAUCUCUGAUGCUUUGUCCAUAAGUAUUUAUUCAGAUGAGUUCAUGGCGAUGAAAGCAGAAGCACUGUUACUGUUGCAGCGAUAUGAAGAAGUAAUUCGGUUUGGCGAAGAAACUCUUUAUGUAGCAGAAAGGAAUAGUGUGUGUUUGUGUCUUGACAAGCAUUCAGAAAGCAAUAACUUGGACAACAAUACUUGCUCUGUGAAGUUGUGGCGUUAUCAUCUUAUUGCUAAGUCAUAUUUCUUCCUUGGAAAGCUUGAAGAGGCUAACCAGUUCUUAAAGAAGAAUGAUCAAAUAAAAGUCAUGGGAUGCAGGUGUGGGAAGCAAUCUCAGGACUCAAUUUUAUCAUUCUCCAUGGUUAGCUCUGAACUACUGCGGCUUAAAGCUGCUGGCAAUGAAGCAUUCCAAUCUGGUAAAUAUUUGGAGGCUGUGGAACAUUAUACUGCUGCUUUGAUGAGCAAUAGCGAGUCACUACGCUUUUUAGCAGUCUGCUUUUGUAACCGUGCAGCAGCAUAUCAAGCAAUGGGUCAAAUUUUAGAUGCAAUUGCAGAUUGCUCACUGGCUAUAGCCCUUGAUGCAGAUUAUGCUAAGGCUAUUUCCAGAAGAUCUAGCUUGUAUGAACUUAUAAGGGACCAUGGUCAGGCAGAAAAUGAUCUCCGUAGGUUACUUGCUCUUCUUGAGAAACAACUGCAAGAAAAUAUGACCAUGCCACUAGAGAAGACUGAGAGUAUCCAUAACAAUCUGAAUCGAGCCAAUCUUCGGUUUUCUUCUCUGGAGCGGGAUGCCAGAAAAGGGGCUUCAUUAAAUAUGUAUUUGAUAUUAGGAAUCGAGCCUUCUUCCUCUGCUGUGGAUAUAAAGAAGGCAUACCGCAAAGCAGCACUAAGACAUCAUCCAGACAAAGCCAGUACAUUUCUUGUCAGGAGUGAAAAUAUCAGCGAUGCUGUAUGGAGAGAGAUAACAGAUGAAAUCCGCAGGGACGCUGAUUAUUUAUUCAAAAUAAUUGGAAAGGCAUAUGCUAUGCUUUCAGACCCUACAACGAACUUUCAUGUCAAAUGA